AUGCUCAGAGAUGCUUUUUCUUGUUCUGUUGGCAGUUUGCAGCGGCCAUGUCAAAGAGACCAUCACAAAGACAAGAGAAAUCAGGAGGAAGCGCCAAUUAGCAGGAUGCUGACACCUUGCCUCCUAAGAAGAGUGGUCUUCCUGGUUCCUUUAAUUUUUGUAGUUGUGCUGCUCACCAUGGAGCCCAUUAAAGCCGACCAAGAAGCAGGAACAACAAUCCCAGCUGAAAGUCGCCCCUGCGUUGACUGCCAUGCAUUUGAAUUCAUGCAGAGGGCCUUGCAGGAUUUAAAGAAGACUGCGUAUAAUCUAGACACACGGACAGAAACACUGCUUCUUCAAGUGGAAAAGAGAACUCUGUGUGACUGUGUAACUGCAGACACGCUGAACUGA